AUGUUACUGUGCUCAAGGAGGGACUACCUCAGCAGUUUCCACCAUCGGUUUGGAGGUAAUAGUAUAACUCCAGUGGCGAAGAAUGUUGUGGUAUCUAAUGGUAACUCUGGUGAUGAUGAAGCAGAGGGAUGGCUUCCCUUCGCCAAGGAAAAGUCAGCUUGUUCGGGAAAAGUUAUGGAGAGGAAAGAUAUUAAUGGAAGCAAUUCUAGUCCAUUCUUUGCCAAAAUGUCGAAAUCUUUUAUACUUUCUGACCAAGAUGACGUUGAGGUGGAUUCUCCUUGCUGGAGAGGAAUACAGUCUCACAAUACUGCAGCAUCAGGUACCAUGUCAUUGAGUUUCAGGCGUUCUAGCGAGGAUCUAAAUAGUCUUUAUCGAUUGAAUCCUUUGGCACCUCAGUUUAUACCAUCCAGCGCUAAAAAGAACCUAGACAAGAACGAGAAGGAAUUUGAAGAAAACAGUUCUUCGUCUUUGAAAAGGUCUCUGUCUUCAACCUUUCCACCAUCAUCAGGAGAGUUCAGCAUUACCGAUCCUUCUGAAGCAGAGAUUCCACAAGAUUCCGGCCAAAAGAACAGAACAGGGAUCCUGAUCCACGAUGCAGAUGAAAGUUUGGGUUUAGUAUCUCAAGAUAGUGUUUCCAAGGCUAUGAGCAUUUUGGAUAUUAGCAAUCAGUUUUCAAAUGCCUUAAAAGCUGGAUCCUUUGGCCCCGGUUUUUGUUCCUGCUAG